UAUCACAAAUGGGGAACGUGGCAAAAUACAACUACUCUGGGCCUCAGAGACCUCAUCCCAAUGAAAGAUUUGCUGCUGUACAUGCAAACACACACAAAACAUGACAACAGUGCCUAGACAACAAAAACCCUGAUGCAUAAUAUGUAUUGCUAGUAUAUAAUAACCAUAAUGAUGGUAAUCACAAUACGUUAGUAAACUUACAUAAUUUUACUUAGCUCAUAAAUAAAAGUGAAAGUAACCAUAAGUUCAGGUAUACUUUGAAAAUGUUUGAAUGAGAGUUCUGGUGUGCAGCCCAAAUGCUCCAUAACUUUUAGAGCAAGUAGGUUCUGUAUUCAGACAGGCCUGAGUUGAAAACUUGGGCCUGCCACAUUUGUUCUCCAGGGAGAAGUUUUUUAAUUAUCCAAGCUUUCCUGAUUUCAUGUUAGCUGGACUAAAUAAAGAGAUGCUGAUGGAAAGCCGAUAGCAGUGUACCCGCCACAAAUGGCUCCUCACCCAGAGUGUGGUGCUCGUGAGUGAACAGCCAUUGAGCACAACCUGUAGGUCUUAGAAGGCUGAAAAUCCAGAAAAUCAUCACUUUCAAAAGCUUCUGACUGAAUUAAACAAACCCACCAACUCCUAUGAGUUGAAAGUCGCCAACAGACUCUAUGGCAGAAAGGAGUUUCCCUUUCUUCAGGAAUACAUGGAUAAUGUGAAGAAGUUGUACCUAGCCAGUGUGGAAUCUGCUGAUUUUGCAAAUGCUGCAGAAGAAACUCGACAGAUGAUUAAUUCCUGGGUGGAAAGGCAAACUAAUGGAAAAAUCAAGGAUCUGUUUCCCAGAAAUUCUCUUGACAGCUCCACCGUUCUGGUGCUGGUGAACGCGAUCUAUUUCAAAGGGCAGUGGCACCGGAAAUUUAAGGAAGAAUACACUGUCGAGGAAGAAUUUUGGCUGAGCAAGGAUACAAGCAAAUCUGUGCAGAUGAUGAAAGAAACCAACGACUUCAAUUUCGCCUCCCUGGAGGACAUGCAAUUCAAGAUCCUGGAAAUACCAUACAAAGGCGAGGAGCUAAGCAUGAUGCUGCUGCUGCCCAAUGAAGUAGAUGGUCUGCAGAAGUUGGAAGAUAAACUCACUGCUGAGAAAUUAUUAGAGUGGACGAGCUCACAGAAUAUGAGGACGAGUCAAGUGGAUUUACACUUACCUCGGUUCAAAGUGGAAGAGAGCUAUGACCUCAACGGCAUGCUGGUAGCCCUGGGGGUGGUGGACGCCUUCAGUUUACGGGAUGCUGACUUCUCAGGCAUGACCAGGAAACACAGGCUGGCGGUGUCUAAAGCCGUACACAAGUCCUUUGUGGAGGUGAAUGAGGAGGGCACGGAGGCCGCAGCGGCCACAGGCAUCACUGUGGCUUUAACAUCAGCAUCAAUACCACAUUUUGAACGUUUCCAUUGUGAUCACCCUUUCCUGUUCUUCAUCAGACACAACAAGACCAACAGCAUCCUCUUCUUGGGCAGAGUCUCUUCCCCUUAGAUGUGAUUACCCUUGCACCACCCUAGGGGCACAUGCACAGAGUCCUUCUGAUACACUCAUUGCUGGAAGCAACAGGUUCUCCUUGAUGUGUUUCCCUUUCUAACCUCAUGGUCAUCACUAAGAAUCUAACCAUUGGAAUAACAUUUCUGUCUGUCACUCUCUUUCUACAAUCACAUGUUGGCCUACUUUAUUUCCCGAUGAUAAUUUCUCUUCAGACAAAAUGUCCAAAAUGUGAUAGAAGUAUAUUUCAACACUUUAAAUUCAUCUAAAUUUGAAAUAUCAUAUGUGCUAUCUCAAAAAAUUAUAGCUACUAUUCAAACCUAUUGACCUAGACACCCAAAUGUAUUUGAAUUUUGGUGGUAUGUGGGACACUUACCUGUCCUCAUCUUUUGGUUUUAUGAAAUACAUUAUCAAUAAAACAAUGACUUACUCAUAUCA